GGGCCUGUUGCACAAAAGUAGAAUUAAGACAUCCGGGAUAAAUGACUCAGCUGAGCUCAAUGAAGCCAAAACAUGUGCGUCCAGGCUUAAUUGGUUGCACAAUGACCAAGCCAGGAUGAGCAGACACGGAUUCAUUAAGCCAGGUGAAACCAAUCCUGGAUAGGUGCGCGCUCACGGCUCACUCAAAUAGACCCCGCCACAGAUCACAGAUUAACUGAUUUACCAUGGCAACUAGAGCCGCGUACUUUUCCCCGUCGGAAGCACAAAUCCUCAUGGAGGCAUACGAGGAGGUAAAAGAUAUAAUUAAGAAGAAAGGCAACACCGCCACAGUGAUAAAGCAAAGAGAAAAAGCGUGGCAAAGUAUUGCAGACCGCCUGAAUGCAUUAAACAUGAACGGGCCAAAACGGACAUGGCAGCAGGUCAAAAUCAAAUACAAGAACAUUCUGCAGAAUGCAGUGAAAAAGAAUACCCACAGACAAGGCACGGGUGGUGGGUCACCAAAGGCUGACCUUACCCCAGCAGAGGACAUGGCCUUGGAGCUAAAUAAAGGCAGGCCCGUCUUAGAGGGGAUCCCUGGGGGGAAAGAGACGAGCAUAGGUUCCUCCCAAGAUGCCACCCGCUUCAUUCAAGUGCCUGGCAGCACUGUGUUCCUGUUAGAGCCACCAGCACAAGCACCAGACGAUGCUGAUCCAGGUGAAGGCCCCAGUGCAGCAGCAACAGCACAUGAUGGAGACGAUGAUGAGGAGGAGACCAUCUCUCUGGAUUCCAGAAGGCAUGAGGACCCAGAUGCUAUACAGUGGGAAAACCAGCCUGGCAACAUAAGCUCACAAGCUAUCAGAAAGUUGUAUGGCAACCACCUCCGGCGCCAAAUAGAACUGGCAGACAUAGACAUUCAGUACAAGAAGAAAAAGAUGGAAAAUCUUGCACUGGAGUCCGAAAUAAAAAAGAGGACAAUUAUGAAACUGGACCUUGAAAUAAAAAAACUUGAGAGGGAGCUCCAAGAAGAUGACACAGCUCAAAAUAAAAAUUAGCAAUCAGUACAACCAAGUCAUCGUUAUAAGGCAUCGCCCUCUUUUGCCCACCCCCCCAGCACCAGGUGUGGCCACUAGCCUAUAUGAAGGCCCAAAAUUGUGUGUUCCUUUCUGCUCUGACAAUGGCAUGCCCAUUCGUGCGAGAUGUGGUGGAUGAAGAAGCACUUGUGCUGAGGAGAGCCUUCAGGCGAGAAAGGGUCUUCAGGGACCGGUUGGACCCACUGGCCUUCCCUGAUGACCAUCUAUAUGAAAGAUACAGGUUUUCUGCAGAUGGCAUCAGGUAUCUAUGCAGACUACUGGGUCCCAGGAUUAAGCACCGCACUGCACGGAGCCAUGCACUGAGUGUGGAGCAAAUGGUUUGUGUGGCCUUGCGCUUUUUUGCUAGUGGAGCCUUCCUGUACUCAGUGGGGGAUGCAGAACAGCUGAACAAGGCCACAAUUUGCCGCACAAUAAGGAGUGUGUGUCUGGCUAUCAAAGCAUUAGCAGAUGUCUUCAUCUCCUUCCCUGGCCACAGAAGACUCUGUGACAUCAAAGAGGAGUUCUAUAGGAUUGCAGGUAAGAGGAUCUACAAAUUACAGGACAACUGUUAACACAUAGUAGGAUACUCAUUACUUUGUGUGACAGGU